AUGUUGAAGAAGAAGUUUGGCCAUUGGCUAAAAAGAUUUAGUGCCUUUUUCCAUUUACCGUCCAACUGGGAACUAGCUGAUCUAACCAACAUACUUGUCAUGUCUGGUCGCGGCAAAGGUGGUAAAGUAAAGGGAAAGUCAAAGACCCGUUCAAGCAGGGCCGGACUCCAGUUCCCCGUCGGUCGUAUCCAUCGUAUGCUCCGUAAAGGAUCGUACGCUGAGCGUGUCGGUGCCGGUGCCCCCGUAUAUUUGGCUGCUGUCAUGGAGUACUUGGCAGCUGAGGUACUUGAGUUGGCUGGAAACGCCGCUCGUGACAACGAGAAGACUCGUAUCAUCUCCCGUCACUUGUAA